GGUGCUAACAAACCUGCUUGUACAUAUAUUCCGAUUCCCAAAUAGCAAGCACCUACUGGAUUUACAAAGAUGCCAUAAAACGUAUCUGUUAUGGCCAAUUGUGGAAGCAUUGGAAGCUGCUUGAGUGGCACCGAAUCGCCAUGCUAUGAUACUGCUAUAAUUAUGCAAAACGCGAAUGACCAGAACAUACUUCUUUUUAUCCUCAACUUCCGAAAUACUUGCCGGAUGUGAGGUUUGUUGUACGGUUGCUAGGAUACGAUGCAAGCUUGGUAGCUAUAGCCAGGGAGAAUUUGUUCUGUUGCGAACUGGCAGACCGUACCAUGGCGGAAGAGGCAGAGGGGGAGCAGGGGCCCCGUACCACCUUCACCAACUACAUGGCAGAGGGGGAGCUGCUGUAUCAAAAAGGAGAAUUCAACAAGGCCCUGGAGUGUUUUACCAAUGCCUUGCUACUACAGCCCACAGAGAAAAACUGCCUGGUCUCUCGCUCUAAGUGCUACUUGAAACUUGGAAACUCAGAAAAUGCCCUGAGAGAUGCAGAGGCCUCUCUUCAGGAUGAAAAAGAUUUCUUCAAGGGUCUGUACCAGAAGGCAGAAGCCCUCUAUGCUAUGGGAGACUUUGAGUUUGCCCUAGUGUUUUACCACAGGGGCUACAAGCUGCGUCCAGAGCAACAGGAAUUUCGUCUCGGGAUUCAGAAGGCACAAGAAGCUAUUGAGAAUUCUGUGGGAACUCCUUCAUCUGUGAAACUGGAAAAUAAAGGGGAAGCACUGUUUCUAAGCAGACAAGCAGAGAUUAAGAGAACCAAGCAGAAGGUUCAGGUGAAGGUUGCCAAGAAGGACUCAAAGAAGCAGAAGGAUGAUCCCGUCAGGAGUCAGAAGACUGUGCGCCAGCUGCUGGGAGAGCUGUACAAUGAUAAGGAGUAUUUGGAGGCUCUGCUAAAGGAUGAAGCUCUGGUAAAAGAAAACACCCGCAGUGGCAUCAAACUGCAGGACUUAAUCAUGAAUGGCAUAACCUAUCUGGACACCCGCACAGAGUUCUGGCGGCAACAGAAGCCCAUCUAUGCCCGGGAGAGGGAUCGCAAGCUAAUGCAGCAGAAGUGGAACCGGGAAAAGUUCAGGCCUUCUGAUCCCAGCCAGUACAUAUUGAAAAACCUGGAGGAGAUUGAUCGGUUGCUGUCCAGAGGGAAUUCAGAUGCAAGCUGUAAGAAAGCUCAGCAGGUGCUCAAGAAUGUGCAAAACUGGUCAGAAGAUGAAGUCCCCAACAAGCAGGAGCUGAUUGGAAACCUGCACAGCUGCAUAGGGAAUGCUCAAAUGGAUAUGGGACAGAUGGAGGCAGCAUUGCAGAGCCACAAGAAAGACCUGGAGAUAGCUAAUGAAUUCGACUUACUUGAAGCAAAAUCCAGAGCAUUGGAUAACAUUGGAAGAGUUUAUGCAAGGAUUGGAAAAUUCAAGGAAGCUAUCAAAGUGUGGGAAGAUAAAAUACCAUUGGUUACAUCAAGCCUGGAGAAGACCUGGCUGUUUCAUGAAAUUGGGAGAUGCUACUUAGAACUGGACAUGACAGAUGAGGCUAAGGAUUAUGGGGAGAAGUCUCAGCAAGCGGCUGAGGACUCAGAGGACACUGAGUGGCAGCUCAAUGCCAGCGUCUUAGUGGCACAGGCAGAAGUAAGACUGAAAGACUACAGGUCAGCUGUUACCAACUUUGAGAAGGCUCUAGAGAAAGCGAAGAUGCUUCAUAAUGAGGACGCAGAGCAAGCCAUCAUAAAUGCAUUAAAAGACGCUAACAGAGGAAUUGUACAACAGGCAACAUCACAUCAAAAUGGAGAGAUGAAGGAAGUUCCCACAUCAGGAGAGGGAACUGAUGCUGGAGACAAAGAGAAUGAAGAUCCAAAUUAGACAGAUGCAACCAUUUGCUAAUUUGUUCAGCAGAAAAAUCAUGAUUUAUAGAUCUAGUUACAUUAAAACACAAUUUUAUAUAAUGGUAAAAGAUUAUACAUUUCAUAUAACAUGUAAAUAAAAUUUCUACCUAUAAAAUCUUUCCUCAUAAACCUACUUUUGAAGAUUUUUGUUCAUAGGUGUCUUCACAAAAAAAUGAAAAUAAAUAUGAAUAUAUUUAA